AUGCUUCGACAUUGUAUAAAGAGAUUGGAGGGUAUCCCAUCAAACCAAUCAUCAUCCUGUAACAUCAUCCAACAUUAUCUUCCAACUACUAGACAGUUUAGUACAGCCAAGUCAACAGAUGGAGCGAUCAAGUCACGAUCAUAUCUGAUACCAACACUUAAAAUCACCAACAACGUGCCAUUCAAAGAGCUACUCAAUCAGGUGGUGUCCAAAGUACAGCUUGCGCCUCAGUUCUACAAGAAUGUUCCUAUUGUCAUUGAUGUCAGUGGUAUGUAG